AUUUGGAUUUUUGUAGUGUGUGGUCCUUUUUUGGUUUGGAAAAAGGAGGAAUAUGAUCUCAACCUCUGCAUCAAUUGAUACAUGCAGCCAUAAUUGAUAGUGUAUGGUUGUGCUAGAAUGAGAAGUAUUGUGUGGUACAGGUGAGAAGUUUAUUUUUGAUUUUGCCGGACCUGGAGAAGGUUGACUGACCGGAGAAUGCUGAUCCGGUAAUUGGCUUUGUACAUCCAGCGGCUAUUCUUUUCUUUUUCUUGAGAAAUCACGUGCGACGACCAGUAAACAGAAAUCCUGCUACUGGACGAGACGCAUGGCCCAUGAUAGAGAUGCACGGCACUGCAUAUGCCUUGUCUGCCAUUGACACUGUGUAUAUAAAGGGGUGCAAGGCAGCGUACAAAUCAAUCCAUCGAUCACAGCUCACUCUUGAGCCAUUCCAAACCAAACAAUGCUACCACAUACUAAGUCCUGCAUGAUGAUGCAUCCCUUGCCACUAGUACUGCUGUUGCUCCUCCUACAAAUCCAGCUCCUGGCAGUAAGCUCCCACCCGCCUUGGGCUGCUGGUACGUUCAUCAAUCACACCGCCAUAACACAUGCUCGAUGCUUGCCGGACCAAGCAUCGGCGCUGCUCCGGCUGAAACGUUCCUUCACCACCACCGACGAGUCUGUCGCAGCCUUCCAGUCGUGGAAGGCCGGAACGGACUGCUGCAGCUGGGAGGGCAUCCGAUGCGGUGCCACCAGCGGCCGUGUCACUUCACUUGAUUUGGGUGAUUGCGGCUUGCAGAGUGACCACCUCGAUCAUGUGAUCUUCGAGCUGACCUCCCUCAGGUAUCUCAACCUGGGUGGAAAUGACUUCAGUCUUUCUGAAAUCCCAUCCACCGGGUUUGAGCAGCUCACAAUGCUCACCCAUCUUAACCUUUCCACUUGCAACUUUUCAGGCCAAGUGCCUGCCUAUGGCAUCGGCCGUCUCAUGUCUUUGGUUUCUCUCGAUCUUUCCUUCCAAUAUGAAAUUAUUGAGCUGUUUGACACUGGUUUUGCAUUUAGUGGUGAUUUCACGUACGAUGGGCAGCUCAUGUUGUCUAACUUCACAGCCUUAGUUGCAAACCUUACAAGUUUGGAGGAGCUCCGUCUUAGUUGGCUGGACAUGUCUGAUCAAGGAGACAAGUGGUGCAAUGCUCUAGCCAAGUACACUCCAAAUCUCCGUGUUCUUAGCUUGCCUUUUUGCUCGCUCUCUAGUCCCAUCUGUGGAUCCCUCGCUAGUUUGCAAUCACUCUCUGUGGUCGAUCUACAGUACAAUCAUUUAACCGGUUCAGUCCCAGAGUUCUUUGCCAACUUCUCCUCCUUGAGUGUUCUCCGGCUUAGCUAUAAUUUUCUUGAAGUAUGGGUCCCUUCCGUGAUCUUUCAACAUGAUAAACUAGUGACUAUAGAUCUUCACCGUAAUCAUAAUAUAUCAGGCAAUCUGCCGAACUUCUCAACAGACAGUAGCCUGGAGAACUUGUUUGUCGGCAAAACCAAUUUCUCUGGUACAAUACCAAGUUCAAUCAGUAAUCUCAAACAUUUGAAGAAACUAGGCCUUAAUGCACUUGGUUUUGCUAAAGAGCUACCCUCAUCAAUCGGUAGGCUCAGAUCCUUGAAUUCUUUGCAGGUCUCUGGGUUGGGACUAGUAGGAUCGAUAUCAUCAUGGAUCACAAACCUAACAUCCCUAGAGGUUCUAGAAGUUUCUCAUUGUGGUUUCAAUGAACCAAUACCUUCUUCCAUAGCUGAUUUGAACAAAUUAAGGAAACUGGCACUAUAUAAGUGUAAUUUUUCAGGGAAAAUACCUUCAGGUUUGGCAUCAUGUAACGUAGAAAAAUUUCCUAACAUCCUGAGACAUUCAAGUAACAUAAAUCGACUUGAUCUUUCAAAUAACCAAAUCCGUGGAUCCAUACCCCAGUGGGCAUGGGAGAAAUGGACAGACUCUGACCUUUUCUUUCUAAACUUAUCACACAAUGAGUUCACUAGUGUUGUUGGGCAUGACUCCUUCCUUCCUUUCUAUAUAGUGUGUUUGGAUCUCAGUUUUAACAUGUUCGAGGGGCCAAUACCGUUACCCCAACACUCUGGGGACGUGCUUGAUUAUUCAAACAACAAUUUCUCAUCCAUCGCGCUUAAUAUUUCCUCCCAACUUGUGAAAACUUCCUGUUUCAAGGCAUCAAGAAACCACCUCUCGGGGAAUAUUCCACCAUCUUUUUGUACCACAGUGCUAGAAAUUCUUGACCUGUCUUACAAUAACCUCAAUGGUUCAAUUCCUCCAUGUCUAAUGGAGGAUGCUAAUGAACUGAGAGUUCUUAAUCUGAAAGGAAACCAACUUUAUGGGGAGUUGCCCCAUAAUAUUCAUGAAAGUUGCAUGCUUGAAGCACUAGAUUUCAGCAGCAACCAGAUUGAAGGGCAGUUGCCCAGAUCUCUAGCUUCUUGCAAAUACUUGGAGGUCCUUGAUAUCGGAAACAAUCAAAUUAGUGACUCUUUUCCAUGUUGGAUGGCUGAACUUUCGAGACUUCAGGUUUUUGUCCUAAAAUCUAACAAGUUUUUUGGACAAGUAUCACCUGCUAUUCCUGAUGAGAAAAACACAUGUGAGUUUCCAAGGCUGCCGAUCUUGGAUCUAGCAUCCAAUAACUUAUCAGGGACACUGACAGAAGAAUGGUUUAUUAGUUUGAGCUCCAUGAUGGUUAAAUCUGUGAAUGAGACGCCGGUCAUGAAGUAUAACACCUAUCAAGGCCAAGUAUACCAAGUUUACACCGUGCUCACAUACAAAGGGAUGGACGUCUCCUUUACGAAAAUACUAAGAACCCUUGUAUUCAUCGAUGUCUCAAACAACAAAAUCCACGGAAGGAUCCCUGGAGUUAUUGGAGAACUUCUUUUGCUGCAAACACUCAACAUGUCGCGCAACUCCUUCACGGGGACGAUACCAUCUCAGUUUGGCCGCUUGAACCAGCUCGAGUCUUUGGACCUUUCAUCAAAUGGUAUUUCAGGAAAGAUUCCCCAGGAGAUAACAUCUCUUGACUUCCUCACAACACUAAACUUGUCUAACAACAUGCUGGAGGGAAGGAUACCAGAAUCACCUCAUUUCUCGACAUUCGAUGAUAGCUCAUUUAUGGGUAACACUGGGUUAUGUGGCCCUCCACUGUUAAAGCAGUGCAGCAGUGAGACAACACCAAAUUCCGCGCUUCAUAAUUCGGCAGAGAAAUCUGCAGAUACUAUGUUGUUCUUUUUUAUUGGACUGGGACUUGGUGUUAGGUUUGCAGUUGUAAUUGUAGUUAUAUGGGUGCUUCCCCUUAGAAAUAAAUCAUAA